UAGCUAGCAUGUAGCACAAUAAUAAUGGACUAAAGGAACCUAACGUUACUGCUUUACUAUGUUUAAAGGUGAAUUGGCUCUGGAGGCCAAAAACAGCCAAAUACUCCAUCUAAACGAGAAUCGAAUCUCAAUUGCGGUAGCUACCGUUCUCGAAACAUAAAUCCCUCUACUGGUAUGUUCAUAUCACAUACAAAUAAUUUCACAAACGCAAAACAGACAUGCAUGUAGACCAGAGGCUGGAACACGCGUUGUAAAAAUGUAGAUUUUGUCUGUGUAGUAACACUCAUUCUUGAUAUGAAAGAUCAAGGUACAAAACCGUACUGCAAGCGAUGCGUGUUAAUCUUCAGACCGAGUGUCGAUGCUCUUGACCAAUCUCCCCCUUACAGAAGACACUUUCGUCCAAUCACUGGAACUGAGAGUCGUGAUCAAGGGCUAGCUAGCAUGCAGCUGCUUAGCCGAGUGUUGAGUUGGCUAGCUAUUGCUUAUUGUGUUGUGAACACGUUCAUCUGAUCUGACAAACGCCAUAGACUGUGAAUAGGGCAUGCUUUGUGUGUACAAUAUGAUUUAUGUAUGUAUGUGUAAUGGAGGUCAAAACGUGCCUUAAACUCACUCCACAGCUAGUUUGAAUUGUUGCGCGUGGAGCCAAUCAAGAGGUGCAGGUUGGUACGUUGUCCAGGAGGGAGGUCACGUGUGUUGCGGUGCAGAAAACCACUGGUUCGAGGCCAGUAUUGGGCAGUCUGAAAGUGGCUGUUAGCAGCGCACGUUGACGUCGGUUUCAUAUAUAGUUAGCUAGCUAUGCAAAGACAGAGGGUGCUUGAAGUUACAAGAUUCGUUUCUGUUCUCAUUGUGGAUUCUAGAUCAUGGCCCACUGCAGAGGCUCAGCACAGCAACAUGGGCAGAAGCAACAGCACUACCUCGCGCAGUGUUCCAGUGGUGCUGGUGUGCCUUGGUGCUCUGCUAUUGGGCAAUGUGGUGAUCUACUUGUACCUGGACUCACUGCAGCAGAGUGGUGACGGCGACCCCCACCUGACUCCUCAUGGCGCAUGUCCGCCCCGUCACUUUAGGAUGGCCAACAUGAGGAACUGUUCGCCCUGGCUGGAGUGUCCACAAAUGCGCGCAGAGGUGCGCAAGUUGAAGAUGAUCGGCCAGGGAGCUGUUAAGCAGGUUUUCCUGUCUGAGUGGAAGGGUCACAAAGUAGCCCUGUCCAAGCUCUCCUCCCCGGAAUACCAGGAGGACUUCCUCCAUGGGCUCUCCAUGCUCCAGGCCCUCCAAGGGCCCCACGUGGUGGUGCUGGUAGGCCUGUGCUCAGAAGACCACACCCUGGUCACCGAGUACCAUCCGCUGGGCUCUCUGCUCAACCUGGUUGCCGUGCUGGCCCAGGAGAGGCACCACGUACGGGACACCUGGCAGACCCGCCUGCGGCUGGCACUGGACUACGUCUCCAUUCUCCAUUACCUCCACACCAGCCCCGCCGGGACCAGAGUCAUGUGUGACUCGAACGACCUGGUGAAAACCCUGUCACAGUUCCUGCUGACCAGCGACUUCCACCUGGUGGUCAAUGACCUGGAUGCCCUGCCAGAGGUCAGGGCCCCUGCGGGCUCGCUAGUGAGAUGUGGCCACCGGGAGCUCACAGGGGAAUUUGUGGCCCCAGAGCAGCUGUGGCCCCACGGUGACGGCCAGCCAUUUGCCGAUGAGCUUAUGCCGGGGUACGAUGAAAAAACAGAUAUUUGGAAGAUUCCAGAUGUUACAAGUUUCCUGAUGGGGAGGGUAGCGGGAGGUGACGUGGUCCACUUCCACCUCUUUCAGAUCAACGGGGAGUGUAAGAGAAGAGACCCUCAUCUUCGCCCCUCUGCAAUGGACGUCCUGAGCGUGUACAGAUCAGUCUAUGCUACCAUGAUGAGAGACAGUCCCGGUCCUGGUGCCUCCAGAGACAUGCUUUAAUCUCACUUUUUCUUUGUACUGAUAAGAAACUGGACUGUGUAAUAAAAAAUUAAAUAAC